UUUCGUCUCGUUGUUUGACAUAUCAAAGACUAUUUCUCUUCUUAUCCAUUAUUGUUUCUUCGACCAAAAAAAGAAAAUGAUAAGGAAAGAUCCAAGAUCGAACUUACCUCCGGGAUUCCGGUUUCAUCCGACAGACGAAGAACUCAUUCUCCACUACCUGAGGAAGAAGGUCUUGUCUUCUCCAAUUCUCGUUCCCAUCAUCGCCGACGUCGAUAUCUACAAAUCUGAUCCCUGGGAUUUGCCUGCCAAGGCUCCCUUCGGAGAAAAAGAGUGGUACUUCUUCAGUCCGAGGGACAGGAAAUACCCGAACGGAGCUCGCCCGAACAGGGCGGCGGCUUCCGGGUACUGGAAAGCCACCGGGACCGAUAAAACGAUCGAGGCGGCUAACGAUCUAGGGUUUCCAGAGAAGGUGGGAGUGAAGAAGGCGCUUGUCUUUUACAGAGGAAAGCCUCCAAAGGGUGUCAAGACCAAUUGGAUCAUGCACGAAUACCGCCUCUCCGAAAAUCUCUCUCCCAAAACCAGCGGUAGCAAUAUCGGCGGUGAUCCAAAUGUGAAAAAAUCUCAUGACGUUUCCAUGAGGCUGGACGAUUGGGUCCUUUGUCGGAUCUACAAGAAAUCCCAAGCUUCAUCUUCAUCCUCACCAGUGACAAUCGAUCAAGAACAAGUUGAGGAAAGAGAAGCGUUCAUAACCCGAGAGACAUUUUCGCCGAAAUUAACCUUUCCACAUAUGGCCAAUGAACAUACCCUCAAGCCCCAGAGAUCUUGUUCUUUCUCCAACUUGUUGGACAACACCGGAGAUUUUUCGUUCCUCGCCAAUUUUCUCGAGGAGAACCCGGAAAAUCACGCCGAGUUUGAGUUCCCUUUGAUGUUUGGCUCAUCGGAUUUCGAUUACGGAGACGAUUACUUGGAUCAGAAGUUACCUCGAUUGACCUCUCCUCCUCCCGAGAAGUUCUCGGGUGACAACAAGCGACAAAGGUCGGAUUUUGUCGAAGAAACGAUGAGCACUUCGAAGAAAACGAUGAACACUCGCAGUUACAACAAUACAAUGGACGAAUUUGAUCAUAGUUUUCUGAACCAGCACUUGUUGUUGAGUCCUCACCUUAAAUUCCAAGGGUGAUCUCAGAGAACCUCUGUUUCCCGCACUCGCAAGGUUAAAAAACCGAAUCGAAAGGGGAAAGAUAGUACAAUAAAAAGAAUUAGGGACACAUUAAAUGAUUUGAAAACUUUAGGGGUCAAUAUGUAAAAAGGAUCAAAAUAUUGUGGAGGAACGCGGAAUAAAAGAAAUAGUUUUGUUGUCAUA